CUGUGGGAAAAAUACUAAUUUGACAGAUGGUUGCUGUCGCUGUCAACAGUGUCAACUCAAAUGUCAGGCAAAAGUCAAAAUACGGGAAGAGGGGCAAGGGACGAAAGGAAAAUCAAAUCAUCAUCUAACAAGCCAACAAGACAGUAUUUUGGGACUGGUGUUUUCGACAAACUUGCGUUCCUAAUCAAGAACCGUAAUCGCAUUGUUUAAGUCGCCCAAAUUUGUCUGUUGAUGUAUUUGGGAAAUUCCUAUUUGAACUAAGUACCUAACGCAAUUUCAUAAAUCGCUACAAGUGCUUCACAAUGGCCGAGAACGUGAACAUCGACUUAUCCGGGGAAAUGAACGCAGCGCCUGAAAAGAAAGGAUUUCAUAAGUAUGUGAAUGACAUGGAACUGCUGAUGCAACACAUCCGCAGUGGUGGUGGCCAAGCACUAUUGAUGGGAUUCUUGGCAUCUAGAAGACCCUGGACCCAGUUUGUUGCUACAGAGAACUUUAAGGUUCCAGCGUCACUGCCGAGACUAACUCGCCGCGUUUACCGAAAUGUGGAAUAUUUUCAAGCCAACUACUUCAUGGUCUUCCUGGGGCUGUUUUUAUACUGUCUCAUUACCUCUCCAUUUCUACUAAUAGCUAUGGUUGCUAGCUUCUUUGGCUACAGAAAACUUACUGCUGGCCCAAAUACGUGGAAGCCAAAAAUCGGAAGCUACGAGCUGACGAAGACGCAGCAAUACGCAGUCGCGGCUGCGGGCUCGAUGGCGAUCUGCUGGUUCGCCGGCGUCGGGGCUGUGGUCUUCUGGGUUUUAGGUGCAACAGUGACGAUCGUGGCGCUGCACGCCGGGCUGUUCGACGCCGAGGCGCUGCCGCCCCUGGAGGAGGAGCAGUUCCCGAUGAUCGAGCAAGUGUGACAGCUGUACCAACUCAUGCAGGCCACUCAGGACACC